CAUUCUAAAGAAAACAAAACACAGCUCAGGACCCUUCUAUGUUUAUGAGCUUGUAGUGAGAAACCAAAGUAAAGGCUCUCCUCCUUUCCCUGUAGCAACAUAUGUGACAUGUGACCACACAACUGCGUCUGUAUGGUAUUUUCUUAGUUCAUUUCAAACUGAUCAUGUCAGACUUCAUGGACACAGAAGCACAAAACCAGUGAUGUUUGUGUGUGAUGGCUCUAUGGUCCUCAUGCAGGCCAUAUCACAAGUAUUUUGCCAAACAAACCUCAAUGAUUUGCUGCUGAAGUACUUCAACAUAGUAACUGGAAAAGGCACUGUAGAAGACUUCAGUCACCCCAUUCUUCACCGCUGUUUAAGCCACAUAAUGAAGAACGCAAAAACGCUGUGCAAAAAACAUGUACCCAAUCAUUACAAGCUGGCCAUGCACACAUUUGGCCUUUUGACUUCCGCAAGCUCAUUGGCAGACCUGGAUGAAAUGCUUCUCAGCUGCACUGUACUGUUCUCCAGCCCAUGCAGUUCUGAGAAUGUUGAGAAAAACUUUCUCAACCUACAAACAAUGCUAACUGCUUUUGGAGACUCACCUGUCAAUGACAAGAUGAUUGUUGCUGUGGACUUUGAGGACAUCACAUUUCAAACUCCUUUUCGGAGACAUUUCAGGACUGUCAUCGAAAGUGCACCCCUAGACCUAGAAGGGCCUCCCAAUGAGUACUAUUCCAAGACGUUCAUCAAUUCCCUGGCUACAAACUUCUUGCCUCAUGCAGCACUGUGGACCAGUAUGAUGCUGGGUGACCUGGGAAGGCAUGGCAAAGGACUUCCUUAUGAAAAUUUUUCCAAAAAAUUUUCCAAAAUUUCAAAAAAGACUGCCCAGAAUUUCACAAAAGACAAUAAGACCCAAGGGAUUAUGGAGAAGAGCCAGUGGGAUCUUAAACAAAUCCGCUUUCAAAGACGACGCCUGACGAGACUUGAUGACUUUGUCACAACAUACCAGGACACACACAUUGCUCUUUUAAGAGAAUUUGCUGAUGUGGAAAAAACAAGAAGAAGGGUGUACAGAAUACAGACAGAGAAGUGGAAGCAAAGAAAGAGAAACAAGAGGGGAGUUUAUGUCAGCCCUAUAAGAACCCCAUUUCUCUUGAAAUCAAAACAAGUUUCAAAGGAGACAACAUCUUCAGUGACUACCGCAUGUGUCUUACCCGAAGCUAACAUCCAGGAGUCAAAAACAGCCAAGUCCCCAGAUAAUGACAAGCUAAAAAUACCUUCUUCUGAGAGAGAUCUGGUGACAUUGAUUACGUCUACUCCGUCCACAUCUUGUGAACCUUCAACUUCCCUGGUUCAAAGAGAGAAAAAAACAACAAAGAAAAAAAGAGGGACAGUUCAUACUGAGAAAAGCUCAGUAAAGGAAACUGCAGAGAAGAGGGGAAACCACGGGCCAAUCUGGGGAAAUUAUUCACCCCAAGGAGUAAUUCCCACUGGCAGAUUGUCUAGACCAGUAUCCAUUCACCAUGACCAGAUGAUAAGCAUUCUGGAUCCCCACACAUGGCUAACAAGUGAUGAAAUGGAUUCGGCUUCCUAUUACAUGGCACAGAAAUAUGCUAGUACUGAUGGCUUUCAGUCGUCCCUUCUUUUUUCAGCACUUCGCCGUGGAGGCAUUGUUGGUACACCAAGAAAGCCAUUUGUCCAGAUACUAAACAUCAAUGAUAAUCAUUGGAUUGCUGCAAGCAACAUUUUUUGUGGGUCAAAUGAGGUGUGCAUUUACGACAGCUUGAACACAACAAUUAAUAAGACAACCCAACAAAUGCUCUCUUGGAUGCUUCGGCCAGAGGCACCGCAUUUUGUCCUUAGAAAACCUGCUGUGCAGAUUCAGCACUCGGGUAGUAACUGUGGAGUUCUUGCACUGGCAUUUGCGGCAGCUCUCUGUGAACGUAUUAGGCCUGAAGAGUGCCAAUUCAGGGAGAAAGAACUCAGGCAAAGACUCUACAGAGGAUUGGUGGAAAAAAGAGUGCCAGAAUUUCCUUUUGAAAAAGCACAGGCAAAGCCAGAAAGGGAGGCAGUUCAAGUUGAAGUCUAUUGUGUUUGUAGAACCUCACACAACAAUGAGGUGAUGGUCCAAUGCAGCAAGUGCAAUGCCUGGUACCACCCAAACUGUGUUCCUGUCCCCAGCAGUGCCUUGGACACAACAAUGGAGGAAUGGCACUGUCAAAAUUGUAAAGCAUGAAGGACUGUGGAAAGCAGGUGUAAAAUACCAAGCAGGGAAAUUGUGCUUUUCUAAAUCACCUAAAGUGUGUUUGUGUGUGUGUGUAAUUAAAUAUGUUAAAGUUUGUGGUGAAAAUGAGUGAUUUUGGU